AUGGACAUCACACAAUAUCCUGACCUCCGUGCCCACGCUCAGGCUCAAAUGUGCAGAAAUGCGACAGCAGUCACCUUCCCCUCCGCGGUUUCCCACCAAGCUAGCGUUACACCUCUGCUCUCUCAACUCAACAUGACAAUUAUGGAAACCGAACUCACAACCUUCUCCGCCUUCUAUAACCGGUACUACAAAAGCGCAUACAGAAGGCAGGCACCCGAAUGGCUCUUCACCCAAGUUCAAGACACCAUCAUUGGCAACGAUACGAUCAUCACCAGCGCACACCUCAACAGCCUUAACCUUCACGAUCCCAUGCACGGCCGCGCACCUGGUGCUGACGAUGACGGCAGCGGGACAUUUGGCAUCCUCGAAGCGCUGCGGGUCUUGGUUAUGAAUGAGAGAGUUAAGAAUGAGGAAGCGGAGAAUACGAUUGAGUUUUAUUGGUAUGCUGCUGAGGCGAGUGGGUUGUUUGGGCUUCAGGCUGUGGAUAUGGUUGAGUAUGUGGAUUCGGAUUUCAAGGCUGAGGAGAGCUUUGGAGUAGUUGUUGACUUCGUAAAUGAUGGGCUUACGGAAUUCGCCAAGAUUAUUUCUGCAUAUUGCACCAUCCCUGGAGAUAUCCACUCUCCUCACAAUAAGGUGGAUGAGCUUAGCUUCAGCCAUAUGCUUGAGCACGGGAAAAUGGCGGUCGAGUUUGCGUAUGAGUUGUUGGGUUUACUUCUGAUUUGUAAAUCAAUCCCAUCUCAUGGCCAAGGGUUAAUGCGCCAGUUCAAGUGUGAGAUACAGGUCAUGUAG